AAGUUUGUUAAGCUUUAAAGGGAUGCAAAUCCGGAUCCUAAAUAUGACAUCAGCUGCUGGCUUGACUCUCAACGCUCUCAACCUCGAAGCAUCGCUUCAUCCAUCCCGUGAACAGGCGGUCGGUCAUAUUAUUUAGCGUAAACACGAAUGGAGUAACGUCAGCCAGAGCUGAGCUUUUGGGGUGCUUGCCUCGCCACGCCUCGCCACGCCUCGCCUGGUCAUUAUGUCGGACUAUCAACGUAAUGGGGUAGACAGUGAGGCCGAAGAGGGCGAUUCCUCCUCCGCCUUCCACGACCACGACGAGCCCGUGGAUAAUGAGUACUACAACUUCCUGCACGUGCCUCGGAAUGCCUCCAACGAGGAAAUCGGGGCUGCUUACAAGCGACUGACACGCCUCUACCACCCCGACAAGCACUUAGACGAGGAUAAGAAGAAAAAGGCCGAUCUCAUGUUCAACAAACUGAAUAAAAUCUAUCACGUGUUGAACGAUCCCAAGAAGCGGGCUAUUUACGAUUGUUUAGGACAGAAAGGCCUUGAGGAGCGGGGUUGGGAGCUUAUUCAACGCACCAAAACGCCCAGCGAAAUCCGAGAGGAAUAUGAGCGAAUCGCUAAGGAACGCGCCGAAAGACGUCUUCAGCAGAGGACCAAUCCCACUUCCCGCUUGCGCAUGACCAUCAACGCCACGGAUCUCUUUGAACGAUAUCUCUAUGAUGAAGAAUACGACGACGUGAUCGACAGCGGCUUCCCUACUUUAGAGAUCAGUGAGAUUUCCUUCGCUCAAACCAUUGAUUGCCCCAUUACUAACGCGGACAACGUGGUCAUAUCGGGUAAUGUCACCACGGCCAAUGGCAAUGGCGAUGGAUCCGUGGGUUGUGCUUGGCGUAGAGCCCUGUCGAAUGGAAGCUCAGUGGAAACCAAUGUCCAAAUUGGUAGUCAUUCUCAUUUGGGUGGGAAAUAUAGUCGCAAAAUCGCUUCCAGGACCUUUGCCGUAUUUUCAGGCACUUUGCAGCUCACGGGUCGCGGGAUUAAACCCGAAUUCGAAUUGUCAUUCGCUCAUCAACUCUCCAAAGAGACGUUUGGCUAUCUCAGUUAUUCUUCCAAAUGGCAAAUGUUUGAAACCGAAGACGCAUUUGUUCUCGAGCAAGACCAACAUGGCAUGGCCACGACUUUGGUCCGGAAUUCGCAAAACUAUCGUCUCCAAUCAUCUCUUCAUUUGGGCAUUCCCCAUACCUAUUUGUCUUUGGGCGUGACCAGGAAAUUCGAAACCGAAGAUCAAUGUCGAUUGCGCGGACGAAUUCAGUUGGGAACGUUUGGUGCUAUCAUGGAGUACGGUGUGGAGAAACGGAUUACUUCGCAUUGUCACUUGGGAGCUACGAUGACCCUGGGGGUUCCCAUUGGUAUUACAUUGAAGAUCAAAAUGACUCGAGCCCAACAAACCUAUCUCUUCCCCGUUCACCUUUCCGAUGAGAUCCUCAUGCAACCCCUGUUUUAUGGAACCAUCACGCCACUUUUGGUGUGGUUCACCUUCAAAAAACUUGUGUUGGAUCCAUAUGAAUCGAGAAAGAAGCGUCAAGAAAUGGAAGAACAGGCUAGAGCCAACCGUUCAAGGGUGGCGGAAUCUCGCCGAGAAGCUGAGGCCUCGGUGUAUCUCAUGCGGGAGCGUUUCAACCGAAUACGAGCGGAAGAGGAGAGCAAAAAUGGCUUGGUGGUCAUCCUAGCUCUUUACGGAAAGAUCUCAGAUUCCCUUGAAAUCCUGGAAGAUCUGGAGGACGUGGUAGACGGGGCUCUCCAGGAUUACCAUGGCAUAAGCGAGACGUUGGCCACCAAGCUGAUUCGCAGUUACCCGGAGAUCAUUGACGUCACCAUUCCAGUGCAAUGUCUGGUCGAGGACAACAGUCGCAUCUCGCUGUACGAAGGAAACAAGUACGAGUUGGCCGGCUUCUAUGACCCUUGUCCUUUGGACGACGAGAAAUCCCUUCUGUUGAGAUACCUCUAUCAAGGUCGAGUGCAUCAAGUUGUGAUAUCGGAUACUGAGCCCGUGAAACUGCCCAAGAAUGGACAUCGCUUGUCCAACGUGCCUCUGAGUCAGAGUGGACACUCGCUUUCAUCGUAGUGUGAAAUCCAUCUAGUGGCUGUGGUCCAAUUGCAUUGAUAUGGAUCCAUUCAUAGGAUAUGGAAUAAAUGAAACAGUGACGACGAGA